GAAACUAAGUGGAGUGGGAAAGAAUCAGAAUGGUCAGUCGAGCAAGGGCCCUCUCCAUCACAAGUAAACACAACGAAGGCACUACGGUGCACUAUGGAUAGCAACAACAUCGCCUCCAGCAAUCCAUCCCCAUCUCAACCCUGCCACACAGCCCAAAAACCGCAAGGAAAAAAGCGGCACGAGCCGUCAGAGAAUAACAGACCCUAAACCUAUCAGAAGAGGUCUCCCACUUACUAUCUGCUAGUCCAGUGCACUAAAGUGAAACCGCAUGGAGACGAAGACCCUCAUCAGCCAUGCAGAGUGGCUCAAUUGAAGGGAAAAAACUGGGGAAUCGCAUGAGCUCAUGACGUGCCGGUUUAAACGACCUGUCUCAGUUGUUGCUCCGAGACACGGCAAGGGAAGAAACAAAGUAGAAUGGGAAAAGAUUGAUGAUGGGCCCCGUUGGCGACCGUUUAAUUUUAGAACGACGAUCAUCCCCAAUCAAUGUCAGAAGUUUAGGGGAAAACAGGGUCCGUCCAGUAAACUAGCAGCUUGCUAUGGACAAAGUAGUCAGGGUCCCGUAACCCGAAGGUCCGAUGCCCCAAUUCUGAUUUACUCUCUCGCUCCUUUUUGGUCAGUCGGACAAGCCCGAUCUUACUUACUUCAAACCCUGCAUCAUCCCCUUGCGAAGGUUUUCUGCCGAAGAUUGAGCUUCGAAGCGGCCUUUUUCCGACGCCCGCCACUCCUCCCAUGGAAGCACCUGGUCGAUCGACGUCAUCGUCGACGUUGCGCACCGCCACAGUCAAUACGAGCUGGAAGAGGCGACCUGUCUCGGUUGAACGAUGGUUCGUCCGGUCGAGUUCUAGUCGAGUCUCUGCGCUUGUCCGGACAGAACUUUAACCUAGUCGGAGUUGAUGGAAUUGCGAACAGAGCACAAAAGCUAUGGAUUACUGCUAUCAGGCUAUCAUUCAUACAUUCUCCUAGGGUAAUGCAAUACAGUACAGUCCCCAUAAGAUGAGAUCAUUUUCGCCUCUAACCGUUGUGCGCGGGACCGUAGAACCAGGCGCGAAACCAUCACUUCAUAUAAAGCAAGUCACACGAAUCGAAAGCAAGGCAGCAUUAAUCGAAUAUCACGUAGCAAGAAGAAAGAAAAUUCAGGAGAACCCGAAGAACCCUGUGACACCGGCCCAG